AUGGUAAAAAUACGCGACACCCAGCUACUCCGUUUCUGCUUCGAGAUCGGCUUUUCGCCCAACUACUUCGACUCCUACACCUUUUGCGGCUGGUAUGGGAAAAACGGUGUGGAAUGGCUCGAUAUCUUGUUCGACCUGGACUUUUGCCAAUGGCGCACAGACCCACAGCAGUUAAACUACAAUUCAACUACGCAUAAUUCAACCUGGUGUGGUAUGGUUCGCAUGGGACCUGACGCCACUCGCUGGUGGAUAGACCAUGGAGGAAGUGUGAGCAGGUUCCGAGGAAUGUUUUUUGCACCCUUUGAAAAGCCAUGGCCGAAGGCUGCGUCAAUUCGAGUCCUGUUGGACAGAUUCGGAAUCGACUGGUUCAAGGACUCGGGGACGCUGCAGCUAGCAGUCAAGAAGCACGACAUGGAAACUGUGAAGAUGUUGCUAGAAGCGGGUGCAGAUGUCAACGAAGAUGUCACUGACUGGAACACGGACAUCCGUGAGCAUCGAGCCGCCCCAUUACGAGCACUAGCGACGGCUAUGUACGAUAAAUCUGAUGACAUGAUCCGAUACCUUGCAGAGCAUGGGGCAAAAGUCCCGCGACAUUAUGUCGAAGACCUACACAGCUGGAUGCCAGAGGAGUUCAAGCCCUUCAUGAGGUUAGUGGUAGAGCUGGGUGCUGUGGAAGAGUAG